AUGAAGUUCAUGAAAGUGGGCCGUGUGGCCAUCAUCACCAGAGGCCGAUAUGCCGGAAAGAAGGUCGUCAUUGUCCAGCCAUACGACGCCGGCUCCAAAGCCCACCCCUUCCCUUACGCCCUCGUUGUCGGCAUCGAGAGAUACCCAUCGAAGAUCACCCGACGAAUGGGCACCAAGAAGGCCGAGAAGAGGAGCAAGGUUAAGCCAUUCAUCAAGACCGUUAACUACAACCACCUCAUGCCAACCCGUUACACUCUUGAGCUCGAGGGCCUCAAGGGUGCCGUCACCAACGAUACUUUCAAGGAAGUCAGUCAGCGGGAGGAGGCCAAGAAGACCAUCAAGAAGGCUUUGGAGGAGCGAUACACCAGCGGAAAGAACCGAUGGUUCUUCACCCCUCUAAGAUUCUAA